GCUCUUCAGGAUGGACUUUUGUCCCGCUGGGUCAACUGACUUGAGUGAGGCUGAAGAGGCUGAAAUAGAGACAAUCAGGCAGCACAGACAGGAGCUUUUGGAGGACAUUAAGAAGCUGAAGGAAGAGAUUGCCGAAGUGUUUGCAGAGAUUGAGUGCUUCCAAAAUGCGGAGGAGAGGCAAGAGGCAGACAAUAAUCGUGGGGAGCAGACCAGCAAACUAUCACAGAGAGAUAAAACUCUGUCCCUGGGCCGGAAGAAAUUCAACAUGGACCCUGCAAAGGGGAUCCAGUACCUGAUUGAGCAUGAGGUACUGUCCUCAGACCUGCAGGACAUCGCCAAAUUCCUCCACAAGGGUGAAGGCCUGAACAAGACAGCCAUUGGCGAUUACCUGGGUGGGAGGGACCCCACAAACAUUCAGAUCCUCCAAGCCUUUGUGGCAUGUCACCAGUUUGCCAACCUCAACCUGGUGCAGGCACUGAGACAGUUUCUAUGGAGCUUCCGGCUGCCUGGGGAAGCGCAGAAGAUUGACCGGAUGAUGGAGGCCUUUGCCAACUGGUACUGCAAGUGUAACCCAGGAGUAUUCCAGUCCACAGAUACCUGUUAUAUACUCUCCUUCUCUAUCAUCAUGCUUAACACCAGCCUGCACAACCCCAAUGUGAAAGACAAACCCCCCUUUGAAAGGUUUGUAUCCAUCAACAGAGGCAUUGACAAUGGAGGGGACCUGCCAGAAGAGCUCUUAAAGAAUCUGUUUGAGAGCAUAAAGAACGAGCCAUUCUCCAUACCAGAGGAUGAUGGGAACGACCUCACGCAUACUUUCUUCAACCCUAACCAUGAGGGCUGGCUCCUGAAACUAGGAGGACGUGUGAAAACCUGGAAACGCCGUUGGUUCAUUCUGACUGAUAACUGCCUGUACUACUUUGAAUAUACCACGGACAAAGAGCCUUUGGGCAUUAUCCCCCUGGAAAACCUAUCAGUCCGGAAGGUGGAUGAUCCCAAAAAGCCAAACUGCUUUGAGCUCUUCAAUCCCAACUGCAAAGGGCAGAAGAUCAAAGCCUGCAAAACAGAUGGGGAUGGGAAGGUGGUUGAAGGCAAGCAUCAGUCCUACAAGAUCUCAGCAGCCACACCAGCAGAACGUGAUAAGUGGAUUGAGGCAAUACGCACCAGCAUCACACAGGAUCCUUUCUAUGAUCUGGUCUCUGCCCGAAAGAAAAAGAUUGCCAGCAAAAACUGACCCCUGACCUGGUCACUGCCAGCAGGAAGAUGUAUUUUGGACAGCUUCCCUCCCAUGCUGGGCUCUUCCAGUGAAGAAAUUGGGGAACAUUGGUUCCCUCUGCCUCCCACUUAGCAGGAAGAUGACUGACAGAACACCUUGCCAGAUUUGCUUCUUCCCUUUCCAAACUGAAGGCAGAGGCACAGGGUACAAUCCACUGAGGACUGUCAGAACUGUGGGCAUGGCGUUUCCGAUGUCUGAACAUAAAGGAUCAACAGCAACUGGCCUUUGGGUUCUCCCAUAUAGCCCCAGGCACGUAGGACAGGAUUUGAGAGGAGACAAGAAUGUCUCCAGAAUGUCUCCAGCCAC